AACGCAUAGGCAGUACGUACAAAAUGUACAAUGCCCGUCAAAUACCUAUUAUAUAAAUUAAUAAAAUUAUUCAAUUUAAACAAAUUAAGGUCAACACCAUUCGUUUGAAAUAUUAUUUAUUACCAACUGUUAUAGUUUAUAAUGUAGUUUCUAUGUGUUUGAAACACAUUAAAUAGCUGUAGAACAAAACACGCACAUCACAAACGGUUUCGGAAUGAUAGACGUUUGGAAAUACAUCGUUAAGAUGAAGAUCCCUAGCCCGGUGAGCUACGUGAGUGCCAUACUUUUGAUAAUUUUCACGGCCGGCGUCUACAAGCAAUUAACACUGACUCAAAAGACGGCCAACAAUUGUGAGAUGACGUUCAUGUUCGAAUAUCCACAUUUUGUCGAAAUCUCCGUGCCCAUGAACAGAGGCAAGUAUAAUUUGUAUGCUUACACCGAAGGCCAAACGAUGGAGAAAAUAAAAUCUAUGAAGUUUUACGGUACACCGGUCAUUUUUAUACCCGGACACAGUGGAUCGUACAGACAAGUUCGGUCUAUUGCUUCGGUUAACAUUAGAAAGAUGUACCAUAUUCAAUCAAAUAUAAAAUUUGAUUUUUUUACUGUUGACCUGAAUGAAGAAUAUUCUGCUGUCUUUGGAGGUGUUCUAUUACAGCAAACUGCAUUUGUUUCUCAAUGUAUUGAUACAAUCAUAAAAACAUAUGAAUAUGACUACAAACCUACGUCAAUUAUACUUAUUGGACAUUCUAUGGGUGGUAUUAUAGCCAAAGGUCUGUUUAUUGACCCUUUGUUUGAUACCAAUCUCGUAGAGCUUAUCAUUACUUUGGCGACUCCCCAUAGACCUUUGUUUUUAGCCGAUCACUAUAUGGAUAGCUAUUACGACCGAGUGGAAAAAAUUUGGGGAAAUGGAUUAGACAAACCAAGAUCUUCAUUUUUGUCAAACAUUUCACUAUUAUCCAUUGGUGGUGGUCAUCGAGACUUAAUGGUUUGGCCUUGCUUGACUUAUACUCCACAUGCAGACAUAAAUGCAUUAAGUUUAGCUAUACCUGGAGUCUGGACUUCUACUGACCAUCAAUGUAUAUUGUGGUGUAAAUCAUUGGUAAAAUCCAUUGUAAGAGUACUAUUCGACUCCGCAGAAUCUGACUCUGAUGAUACAAUUCAUGAAUGGAGAAAAAAAGUUUCAUCUUAUCAUUUUGACAGAAGAAGUAAUGGAAAAUGGUUUCAUUCUAAUUUACAUCCUAUUUCUGUGAAAUUAAAUGAACCUAAUGUGAUUGAAUGGAAUGAAACAUAUAAGCUUCAAAGAUCAAUUUCAUUGGAAAAAGGGACGGUCAUGCCAAUUGUUAUACAUCUGCCAUUGUUUGAAAAAUCAUUUAAUUAUGAAAUGACUGCUGAAGCUGUAAAUAUUGAAUACCAUGAUUGGGUAUUUUCUUGUAAACCCGAUUAUAAUUCAAAAAAACACUGUUUAUUUGGUACAAACUGGUCUUCUAAUAGUACUAUAUCGGUUUCAAAAUAUAUGAAAAGAAGACAUAUUACUUUAAAGUUGUCUGAUGUUUAUAAAUUGGGUCAUUCAAAUUUGGUUUUUAAAAUAAAAAAUACUAAAAAACCAACAGCAUUGAAUAUUGACUUGUAUAAAGCUAGUGAUAGAAUUAAUCAAAUUUUAUGGCGAUUUUGGUACGGAGUUUUUAAUAAAUAUCUACUGUGGAAUGUUAAUGUUUUUGAGACAUUACAAUACAAAACUAUUCUGCGAAAUUGGUCAGAUAGUAUAUGUAUGCAUUGUGUGUAUAAUGUGCACAUGAUACCCACCAAAUGCUCAAAAAAAAAUCAUCAUGCUGUUUCUAAAUUUGUUGUACCGUGGACACAAGGUGUUUUGCAUGGCAUCACUAGUGACAGUUAUGUGGAACCAUUGAGAAUAUCUUUAGAAAAUAUUCCUCUGUCAAAUACAACAAAAGAUCCGUAUCUGCAGUUCAUAUUAGAUCCAAAAUGCAACUAUCGUAUUGAAUUAGAUCUAUCUAUUAUGGAUACAAUUGGAACAAUAGGAUUAAAAUAUGGCUUGACUUUUCCAUCAUACAUUGGGAUCAUAAUACUGUUAGUAUUGUCAAAUCAAUUUUCACAAUUGGCCAAUUCGACUAAAGACGAUUGCUCAAUAUAUCACAACUCCUUGCCAUCUAUGAUCAGCGUUUUUAAAACUUUAGCUAUUACAAUUUGUUUUUUGACUGUUAUGCAAAACCAGUGGCCUAACAUCAAUAAACCAAUUGGUGGCAUAGACUGGCUUGGGCAUCCAUUAAAGACAAUGAUAUUUUCAUCAUUGCUUUAUUGCAUAACCAAUUCAUUCAUGUAUUUUGCUACUAUAGCACUGUGGAUGAUGAUGUUGUUUUGGGGAAAAGCCAUAAACGAACUAUUAGUCGGGUUUAUAAUGAAAACUUUAAGAAAAAAUGCUACAAUAUCUGACUGGAUACUGUAUGGAUUUGGAAAAUUACCAAUAGCUGUUUCAAUGAUAGCCAUUUUAAUUUCUUACAAUACAUGUGGUACUGUAGGACUUGUUAUUUCAGCAUUUUUCUAUUAUUUCAUACUUUGCACAAUGGUUCAAGACUGCGUUGACCAAUUGAUUUAUUACCCAAUAAUAUAUUUUAAAGAGUAUUUUAUGAAAGGUGAAAAACCUAGUUUGAAUUUGUCACUGACAUCUAUUCAUCUGCAUUUUUCACUAUUUUUACUGUGGUUACUAAUUUGUGGUUGUCAUCUGCCGUGCAGCAUUGAAUGGGCACGAAAUUACCAUCAUAGCAAAUACUUAGAUCCAGAUCCAUCAUUGAUUUCCUCAUUGAUAUUAAAUACCUGUGCAGGUAUUAUAUGGCAGAUGGAUAUCCCCAAACGUAAUUUGAAAUUCUAUGCACAAUUAAGCAAUCUUUGUAUAGCAGCUUCAAUAAUUUUGUUUUUGUUCUGUCAAACUGCAUUAUUUCGAAUAGCUCCAAUUUUAACAUUGGUUUUUGUAGUCAUCACUCUGCACCAGUGUUUUAGUUCUUGGAUAGGAGUACAAGACCUGAUUGAUAACCAAGUAAGCGGUUCUAAUGAUAAGACACCACAAAAAAAGGUGGAGUAAAUGACUAAUUGUAAGUAAGUAUAUAAUAUAUGUACAGUUGAUUGGGAUAGACUAAUUAAGGUGUGUUGAUAUGUUAUAGCACACUUAACUGGUUCAAUGUGGGUUAAAGAGCCGAUUAAUAUCUGACAAUAUUAAACAAUGAUUUAUUACUAUUAGUUUAUCAUUGUAUGAUAUUGGUGCAUAUACCUCUCAGUUGAUUCUUUUAUUUAACAGUGAACAUAAUUUUUGUCAAUUUUUGUGUUUUAUUCAAACAAAUAACAACUAAAUAGUCAAUAAGAGCUACAUCAUGGUCUCAUUAAUUUUGAGUAUAUUGUUUAUUUAUUAUGCAUGCCUAAAAUUCAAUGUUUGGUU